GCCAGGCCCGGAACUACUGGGGGCGCCGGGCGGGGCCCGAGUGCUGCCGCAAAGAUGGCGGCUCCCUUGGUGCUGGUGCUUUUGGUGGCCGUGACCGUGAGGGCCGUGUUGUACCGCUCCAGCCUCGCCGCCCUCAUCUCGGACAGAGUGGAAGUGGCGUCGCCUUUAAAUGCCUGGAAGCGAGUGGUUGAGGGGCUUGCCUUACUAGACUUGGGCGUGUCUCCCUAUUCUGGAGAUGUCUUUCAUGAAACUCCACUAAUAAUAUAUCUGUUUCACUUCCUGGUUGAUUAUGCUGAACUAGUAUUUAUGAUAACAGAUAUUCUGACUGCUGUAGCACUCUAUUUGGCUAUUCAGGACUACAACAAAGUUCUGUUUAAAAAACAAAAGCUACUAAUAGAAUUGAAUAAAUAUGCACCUGAUGCAACUGAACUUAUCCAGACUCCCAUGGAAAUGUACUAUAUUCCUCUCAAGGUAGCACUGUUUUAUCUUUUAAAUCCAUACACUGUGAUGUCUUGUGUUGCAAAGUCCACUUGUGCUAUCAAUAAUGCUGUAAUUGCAUUCUUCAUUUUGGCAACAAUAAAAGGUAGUGCCUUCCUAAGUGCCAUAUUUCUCGCUGUAGCAACUUACCAAUCCCUGUACCCACUUACUUUGUUCGCACCAGCUCUUUUGUAUUUAUUACAGCGGCAGUUCAUACCAGUGAAAAUAAAAAACAAGGACUUCUGGCUUUAUACCAUGCAGUAUACAGGACUGUAUUUGGGAAGUCUGAUUGUGAUUAUUUGCCUGUCAUUCUUCCUUCUCAACUCUUGGGAUUUUAUUCCAUCAGUUUAUGGUUUCAUACUUUCUGUUCCAGAUCUGACACCCAAUGUUGGCCUCUUCUGGUACUUUUUUGCUGAAAUGUUUGAGCACUUCAGUCUCUUUUUUGUAUGCGUCUUUCAGAUCAAUGUCUUCUUCUACACCAUUCCCCUGGCUGUGAAACUAAAGGAGCACCCCAUGUUCUUCAUGUUUGUUCAGCUUGCCAUCAUUUCCAUCUUCAAGUCUUAUCCAACUGUAGGAGAUAUUGCCCUCUACAUGGCUUUCCUUCCACUCUGGAGCCACCUCUAUCAAUUCCUACGGAACGUCUUCAUCCUUUCCUGUGUUCUCAUUGUCUGUUCCCUGCUCUUCCCUGUUUUAUGGCAUCUCUGGAUUUACGCAGGAAGUGCAAACUCAAAUUUUUAUUAUGCCAUCACGUUGACGUUCAACGUAGGACAGAUUUUACUCAUCUCAGAUUAUUUCUAUGCUUAUCUACAGAGGGAAUACUACCUCACUCAUGGGAUCUUCUUAAUAAGAAAAGACAGGACAGACCCCAUGCUGGUUCUCAAAUAAAGCUGGUUUAGGAAACAGAUUCCUUUGAGAAACAGACAACACUUGAAUGGGUGGGUCUGAUUUUUAAGAAGAUUUUUUUUUUUGCAUAAGGAGAAAGGGCUGCAUUUUGCCCCAGGAAAAAAUGAAUUGAUGCUGGUACAGACCUUGUUAUAAGGAACAUAGUCUGGCUUAUAGCCCCAUUUGAAGCUUCGUCCUCUGACCGUUACAUUUCUACGAACUGCAGUUAUGAGUCGUGGGAGAGUCAUUAGGACCUGCUGAAAUGCAUUUGGAUUGAAACCAAGUUUGUACCUGGAAAAGGACAAGGCAUUAUCUGAGGACGAUUGCAAGUUCUGCACAAACUGCUGGGAAUCUUCUUUUUCAGGAAAAUGAAUAGUUUAAUAUCUGUUUAAUUCCUCUGGCUGUUCUGCUUCCACUGUCUAAUUUGACAGCUCACCUGCCUCAUAUAUGGGCGCCUUCAAGAAUGGGCAGCUGCUCAUAUAAGUGGACACUUUUUCACCUUGCUCUGAUGUUGGAGACCUUGGACAUGCCGUGUAUUGUGCUUUUGGCAAAUGAUUGAUAUCAGCAUCCAGAAUGGAAUUGCUGACCAAACCUAACAGAGAGUUAAGUUCUAAAUUCUCAGAUAUAAGUCGGAGGAGAAAUCUUGCUUCCUUUUGUAAAGAAGACUAUGCCCAUUCCUAUGAAUGUGGAGCUGCGUCAUUUUUUUUAAAAUUCUAGUGAAACAAUAUUAAAAUUAAUAAUGUAGGGGACCGACGAGGAGAUGUAUCAACCAGAGCAGUCAUGGAUAGGCUACCAAAUCAACCCAACUAUUUCAAAUACUUCCCCCUGUUCUUUUAUUUUGGGAACAUGUUAUGUGUUUUCAGACUUGUGGCAUUUGAGGACAAAGGCUGGAAAGCACAAAGCAUUCAGCUUCUCUGUAAAUGGGGGCAUUCUUUUUUCUCUGGGAUGUUGGAGCCUUUCAGUAUUUAUACCAUUACAGAUUCCACCCAGAGUGUUAACCUUGUAGCUUGAGACACAGUAAAACAUGGUUAUUAGAAAAGCAGCUAUGCAAAAAUGGUUGCCCCAAUUCACCUACUUUGCAGAGCUGCAUGUUCUACAAAAUUUUCUUGCUUCAGUAACCAAGAUACAGAUAUUUUUGCUGGAGGUUUUUUUUUUUUUUGGUGCUAGCUACUAUUUUUAUUUCUUCUCACCCAAAACAGUUAACAACUGUUUUUUUUUCCUCUGAGCUUUUUUUUUUUCAACGAAGUGGCUUCCUAACGCAAAUGGGAUUUAGCCAAACUCCCAAAGUCCAAGCAAAUCCCAGUUACAAAAUACUUUACCUUUGGAUCAGUGAGCAGAAGAAAUUAGAUUUGGAUCCACUGAAUAGAAAGGGAAUGUUCCCUCUCCCUCCCCCCCACCUCGCAAAAAGCCACUCUACAGGGCAUAAUCUCUUUUUCUCUUAAAAUGUAUUUCUUAAACAAUUUUUUGAAAUUGGUUUCAAAGAAAAUAAAGACAAUCUCGCCUUA